AUGCCUGCUUUCAACUCAAACGUUCAGACGUGGUUCUUACAACUGGACGCGAUAUUCCAGGCCAGACACGUAACUUCGCAGCAAUCAAAAUUUGCGUCCGUGGUAGAGAAGCUACCCGCGGAGGUAGCGGCUGAAGUAGCCGACAUAUUAACCUCUCUACCAAUAGACAAGCCGUACGAGACCCUUAAACAAGCAAUACUACACCGAUCUGGUUUUUCGGAGAAAAGGAAAAUAAGAGACCUCUUAACAAACGUUACAAUUGGAGAUUCGAAACCGUCCCAAUUACUACGACGCAUGCAACAACUGUUGGGCGACAACAACAUAUCAGCCACAGUAUUCCGCCAAAUGUGGCUGGACAAAUUACAUGAAUUGCAAGAAAUAUCUCUACAAUUGCGUGAUUUACAAAAACCACAUGAAAGUCGGCGUGAUAAUUUUACGCGACACAGUAACCGUGGUUCAAGAUCGACGUCUCGCCAUAAAUACCAACAACGCCGUGAUCGUUACCAACAUGCCAAUUGCUGGUACCACGAAAAUUUUGGCGCGCGCGCGAAGAAAUGCCGACCACCAUGUUCGUAUAAAAAAGUAAUUUCCAAACAAACAAGCGGGAAACGGACCCGCUGGCACCCAGUAGAGACGUUGGAUGCCAGACAUUUAAAAACUAAUCGUCUCUUUUACAUCCACGACAGAGCGAGCGGUUUAAAAUUUUUAGUUGACACCGGUGCCCAAAUAAGUGUCCUGCCUCUCAAAAAUUGCAGCAAACAGACUCUGGUUAAGCAUACAUCUUUCAAAUUACAGGCCGCUAAUGGCACUCCGAUCAUCACGUACGGCGAGCGAACCCUAACGCUAGACAUCGGCCUGAGACGAGAAUUUACGUGGAUUUUUACUAUCGCAGAUGUCUCAAUGCCGAUAUUAGGAGCGGACUUCCUAACCCAUUACAAAUUAUCGGUUGAGUUGGCGUCACAAACCUUAACUGACACUAGCACUAAUCUACAACGUUACGGUUUCAUUUCCAAGUAUUCGACAAUCGGUCUGACGACUGUUAUACCUACAGCCAAUGGCUACGACGAGAUAAUACGUCAGUACCAAUCGCUACCUUCACCGUCAACACAUAAUGAACCUGUGAAACACCACGCCACUCAUAGUAUUAAGACCACAGGGCCUCCAGUUCAUUCUCAACCUCACAGACUCCAUCCGAGUAAACUAAAAAUAGCUCGUGACGAAUUUGACAACAUGCUCAAACUUGGUCAACUACCAACGCCAACCUCGACCAUCCAUGCCUGCAGCAUCCAGCACUCCUGCAGUUUCCGGCUCACUCCUGCAGCUUCCGGCUCACUCCUGCAGCAUCCGGCUCACUUCUGCAGCUUCCAGCUCACUCCUGCAGCUUCCAGCUCACUCCUGCAGCUUCCAGCACCUCCACCGUUUCCGACCAUCUUCAUUUCCUUUUCCUUUUAG